CUCUGUGUUUUUUGUUUUUUUUGUUUCAACUUUUGAAAAUAAAGUUUCCAGAAUGGUGGAAAAAUCUGAUGAUGAAAAGCAUUUUUCUUGGCGUUGCUUGCUUUUACAGCUGUCAUUGCUGUCUCUUCUUGUAGCUUUCCUCUGUUUCUUAAGCUCUCAUGGGUUCUGCUUCUCCUCUCUCCUAAUAACCAUGGCAAUCUUGUUCAUCUCCACUUCUGUUUUCUUUCUAAGAUCCUUCAAGAAAAAGACAAGAGUACUAUGUUCCGCUGAGAGAUCCCAAGAAGAAGCUUAUGAUGAUGAAUAUGAGGAUGAAGAUGGUCUCAUUGAGAUUGCUCUUGUGAGUGAAGAAGCAGAGACUAUAGAGGCAAUGAGAAACAUUGAUUACGAAGAUCAGGCAGAAGAGAUUGGUGAUGUGAAUAUGGAAGAAGAUAACCUUAUCGAGAUUGAUAUUUCCAUUGGGUCUAUUAAAAGACGAUUGUAAUCUAAUUCGAUAGAUCUCAUGAUCAGUUGAUCACACCAUCGUUUCCGGUUUUUUUUCCAUUAUUUUCCAUUUCAAAUGUACAAAAGAAUAUCAAAUAUAUUUAGUGUUCUAGAUAUUUGGUGACUAUAGGGUUUAGGGUUUAAGGAU